UCUGAACUGAGCAGCAGCAGUGAGAGCAGCAGCCACAGUGGAGACACAGAGACACAGAGACAGACUGCCGGCUGACUGAGAGAAGGCUUUAUAUGUGCUGUAAUGCUAGCUAAUGGCCUGCUGGCUUCAUGUAGGUGGACAAAUUAAUGUCAAGUGGAUAUUUCAUUCUGAUAUCAUCAGUGUUGCCAACCUAAAUUUCAAAGACCAUGGAAAUACCUACGUUGAUAACGGAGCGAGGACGACCUAACCAUGGUGCUGAUACCGACACAAAUGAAAAUGCUACUGGAGGCAGAAGGAGAAUGAGAAGUAGAAGAAGAGAAACACCAAGCCGUGGGAGUAGUCAAGCUGAAAGGGAGGAGACAGAUGAAGGAGGAGGAGGAGGAGGAGGAGGUGUAGGGAUGCAUGGGAGAGGCAGAGGAGGAAGAGGAGGAGGAGCAGUGCUAGGAAGAGGGGGUGAAAGAGGUGCAAGAAGAGAAGGCAGGGAGGAGACAUAUUGGAGAGGAGGAGGUGAAGGGGGGAGAGGCAGAGGAAGAGGAGCAGAUGCAGGAAGUGGAAGAGGAGGAGGAGGAGGAUGGAGAGGAAGAGGAGCAGAGGCAGGGAGAAGGGGCAGAAGAGAUGGAGGAGGAACCAGACCGAAUUGGGGAGGGAGGGGGGGAGGCGGAAAUGAAGCGCAAGGUGCAAAUGACAGAGAAGAAGCUAGAGGUCGGAUGGCAGAAACGGGUGAAAGGAGAGGAGGACAUAGUGUGGAUAGAAGAGGAGGAAGAGGGGGUGAGAGAAGAAAUGGUGUGGGAGACGGACAAGAGAGGAAUGGAGGGAGAUCAAAAUCUGCUGGGGCACCACGUGGUAAUGGACUGGGUUUUAAAACACUCGAAGAACUCUCUGAAAAAGAUCCAUCUGCAGUGGCCAUCACCCUGUCCGCUAAACCUGCCCUGCAAGAGGUCCUGAGCGCAGCCACAAUGAGGCCGGACAUGGUCGAACUCCUCUGCCUGGUGCUGAGUAAAGCCUUCCAAGCACGGACCGACAGAAGCACCCUGCAGCACAUUGCUGGCAUCCUAAAAGAUUCAGGGUUCUUCCGCACCGUCCUGCCCCACUAUCUGAUGGGCAUGGGGACGGAGUCCAACCCCCUCCGUACGGCACAAUACCCACAGCAUCUGGACAACAUCCUGGCUAUUCUGUCAGAGGUCCUCAGCACCUUCCCCGCUAGCUCGGUCCGGACUGUGAGUUUGCUCCUGAUGGUGAUCCAAGCCUCCAUCAACAGCCUGAGGGCAUCAGGAGUGGACAUCCAGCCUCAAACGGAGGAGAGUGUGCAGAGUAUUCAGGACCUGAUCAACCACCUCCAGGAGAAAUCCAAGGAGGGUACCCUGCGCUCAGACAAGGACGCUUACGCCCUCCUACGCACUGGAGGUGAAGAAGACCAGCAAGAUUUCAGGACCAUACCCAUCUACCCCACUAGUGAGGAGUUCCAUCAGCAACAGAGGCCCUUCCUUCGACCCAACCUCACCUUUCAGCGCUACACAAGCACCCACAUCUACCUUGACACGCACUUCCGGCUGCUGAGAGAGGACUUUGUGCGGCCCCUCCGUGAGGGGAUCCAGCAAUUGCUUCGGAACCAAAUGGACAAGGAUCAUCGCCUUGCGAAGCAGUUGGAUGACAUCAGAGUAUAUUUUGACACAAAACUGGUGGUGCCCAUGUGCACCUCGACUGGCCUUGCCUACAAAGUCCAGUUUAACAUUGAGCCACUUAAGUUUGUGCAGUGGGAGAACUCCAAGAGGCUGAUCUAUGGGUCCCUGGUCUGCCUGUCUUGUGAUAAUUUUGAGAACUUCUUGUAUGCCACGGUGUCGGAUCGGGAUGCCAAAGACCUGAAGAAGGGACUGGUCCAGAUUGCCUUUACUGAAGAAAGCAGAGUCAAGUUGGCCACAAUGGAGAAAGGUCAAUCGUUCCUGAUGGCUGAGACCACUGCCUACUUUGAGGCCUAUCGGUAUGUUCUAGAGGGCCUACAGGAGCAGGUGGAGGACGAACUGCCCUUUCAGAGGUACAUUGUGGAGUGCAGCCCAGAUGUGCAACCCCCAGCUUAUCUGCGAAGAGAUGAUAUGUAUAACCUGUCGCCUGUGGCUGACCGUAAUCAUAAGGGCAAAAUACGGCCCUUUCACACCCUGAGGGCACAGGACUGGCCGGGAAUGGAAACGCUGGGCCUGGAUGAGUCUCAGAUGAAAGCCUUCAAGCUGGCCAUCACAAAGGAGCUGACCAUCAUACAGGGACCUCCUGGCACUGGAAAAACCUACUGUGGCCUUAAGAUUGCCCAGGCUUUGUUGACCAAUCAGAAGCUUUGGAGAGGUGGAGGUGAUAAGUCUCCGAUGUUGGUAGUGUGUUACACUAACCAUGCCCUGGAUCAGUUUCUUGAGGGUAUUCAUACAUUUCUGCAAGAUGGAAUAGUGAGAGUAGGAGGCCGCAGCAACAGUGAAAUCCUGAAGCGUUUCAAUCUAAGGGAGCUGACCCGCUCACGCGACUUCAGAAAUUCGCUGCCGUCUCACCUGCGUCUUGCAUUUAAUGAGAUUUUCAAGCAGCUGUGUGCAGAGGAGCGCGGGAUCCAUAAUGAGACUGUAAAGCUGGAGUGUUCUCUGAAGGGCGUCCUGCGUGAAACCUUCUUACACAGGUUCAUCUCCCACAUACACUGGAACGGUCUGCAUCAACCACCUAUGCAGGAUGGUUUUACGACCUGGGGUGUGAAGAAGACCAGUGUGAUGAUGGAGUGGUUGGGUUUGGGUUCCACCGUCUUCCUGCAGAGGGAGACAGAGGAUGCAAAUGGAAAUGGAGCAGCAGCAGCAGAGGAAGCAAUGGAGGAGGAUGAUGAGGACGACCUCAUUGAUAUCGCAGAGGAGGCAGAUCUGAUCCACGCGGAGCGGUUUGUUGAAGACAACAUUGGUCCCAGAGGUGGUCGAGAUGGCAGAAAGAAUGAAGAAAUGGAAGAGGCUGUCAGAGAAAUGGAGGAAGUGAUGCUGGCUAUGAACCUGGAUACAGUUGACAUACAGGCUGAGCAGAGCGAAGCAGGAUGGGAGUUUCAACGGCACCAGAAGAAACAGAUGAAGCACAAAAUCAGGAAAGAGCUGGCAAAGAGCACGGCCAUGACUGAAGAACAGGAAGCUGCUGUCUUGGAUAUUUGGACCCUGAGACAGCCAGACAGAUGGAAACUCUAUCGGUUGUGGGUGGCACGCUACAGAGCAGAACUUUGCACCAAAGUGCUCGAGUCUGAACAGGCCUAUCAGGACACAGUGGACAGAUUGGCCGAUGUGAAACGCCACGAGAACCUCUGUCUCCUCAAAGACGCCACGGUCAUUGGCAUGACGACAACAGGGGCAGCCAAGUUCCGUAAAGUUCUGCAGGAAGUGCGUCCACGUCUGGUGAUCGUUGAAGAGGCUGCAGAGGUUCUCGAGGCCCACACCAUCACCACGCUGAGCCAAGCAUGCCAACACCUCAUCCUCAUCGGAGACCACCAGCAGCUGCGCCCCAGUGCCACAGUAUAUGAUCUGGCUAAGAACUUCAACCUGGAGAUGUCCAUGUUUGAGAGGCUGGUGAAGGUGGGACUUCCUUUUGUCAGACUCGACUACCAGCACCGUAUGAGGCCAGACAUUGCCCGUCUUCUGACCCCACACAUCUAUGAAAAGCUGGAAAACCAUCCCUCUGUGUUGGACUACGAAAACAUCAAGGGCAUUACUACCAAUUUAUUCUUUGUGGAGCACAGCCACCAUGAAGAAAACAUCAGAGAUGGGAAAAGCCAUCAGAACAAACAUGAGGCGAUGUUUGUAGUCUCUCUUUGCCGCUAUCUUAUCCUUCAGGACUACAAACCAGAGCAAAUAACCAUACUCACAACCUAUACCGGGCAGCUCCACUGCCUGCGCAACCUUAUGCCUGCCAGCCAGUUCAAUGGGGUCAAAGUGCACGUAGUGGACAAGUACCAGGGAGAAGAGAACGACAUUGUGUUGUUGUCUCUGGUCCGCAGCAACCCGCAGGGUAAAGUUGGCUUCUUGAGCAUUCCCAAUCGCGUCUGUGUAGCCUUGUCUCGUGCCAAGAAAGGUCUCUACUGUAUUGGCAAUAGGGAAAUGCUGGGCCAAGUCAAACUGUGGAGCAACAUCUUCCACACCUUGAGAGAGAAGAACCAGGUCGGGAAUGCUCUGACCUUGAGCUGUCAGAAUCAUCCAGAUCAGGAGAUAAAAGCGUCUUGCGCCGACGAUUUCAAACAAGCCCCGGAGGGGGGCUGCAACAAGCCUUGCGAGUUCCGUUUGGAUUGUGGCCACGUUUGCGCAAGUGUCUGCCACCCCUACGACCCCGAGCACAAGAAGCACCUGUGUCGUAAGAAGUGCCAGAAGAUUUUAUGUGAUCUGGGACACAAGUGCAAACUUUUGUGCCAUCAAGAAUGCCCAAAGAAAUGUCAAAUGAUGGUGGAAAAGAUCAUACCCAAGUGUCAACACACACAGAUGGUUCCUUGCCACCAGGACCCGGAGACCUUUGCAUGCCGGGAACCGUGCAUGAAGCUGCUUCCCUGUGGACAUCAAUGUGGUUCAUUGUGUGGAUCACCAUGCACCAGUCAGUGCAAGGAGAAGGUCACCUUAAAACUAAAGUGUGGCCACAGCCAGCAAGAUGCGUGCUUUUACAAAACCGAAAUGGAGGAGCCUGUAUGUAGGACCCCUUGUAAGGAACAGCUAAUGUGUGGCCAUGCCUGUCGUGGGAGCUGCGGCAAGUGUUAUCAGGGACGGUUCCAUACCCCAUGUUCUCACCGCUGUGAGCGUCUCCUGAUUUGCUCUCACACGUGCCAGGAGCCUUGCACUCGCGAUUGCCCCCCCUGUCCGAGACCAUGUGAAAAUUGUUGCGUGCACAGCAAGUGCAUGAACCCAUGUGGACAGCCCUGCGCUCCGUGCAUUGAGCCCUGCGCUUGGCAGUGCCCUCACCAAAGCUGCAGUAAGCUUUGCCAUGAGCCAUGCGACCGUCUGCCAUGCACCCAACCCUGUGCCAAGACCCUGGGUUGCGGCCACCCAUGCAUAGGUCUGUGCGGAGACAAAUGUCCAAGCAAAUGCCUCAUCUGUGAUCACGAUGAGGUCACAGAGAUCUUCUUCGGCACUGAGGAUGAGCCUGAAGCUUACUUCAUUCAGCUAGAGGACUGUGGACACAUCUUUGAAUCCACAGGCAUGGACAAACAAAUGACGAUGGAUGACAACCAGGAGGCAAAUGAAGGAGAGCAGGUGGCCAUAAAACUGAAGGAAUGUCCGAGAUGUCGGACUCCAAUCCGCAAGAAUCUACGAUACGGAUCUCACAUCAACCGCUGUCUCGCUGAGAUAGAGAUGGUAAAGACGAAGAUAAAUGGAUGUCAGGCAGAUAUUGAGGAGCACAGGAAGGCCCUUCAAAAUCAGUGGAAUGACAACCUCUUCCUCUAUGACCUGCAACACCAAGACGACUAUAUGCAGAUCGAUAACAGACUGGGAAAAAAACAUCUCACAGCAAAGGAUCUGUGGAUCCUGGAACACAAGAUGGAUUUCCUAAUAAGAAUCGCAAAGCUGAAGAAGAUCCAAAAGGAAAAAAUGUCAGCCGUGCACAGCUUUAGCUUGGGAAAGUAUGUUAUGGAGUUUAUGCGCAGGCUCAAUGACUGGCAACAAAAAUUCACAGACCAGCAGGUCUUUGAUUUGCAGAGAGAGCUACAGAGACUCAUCCUCCUGACUGAACUCAACGCCCGACGCCAUGCGGCAGACACGACAGGACAGGGAGACAAAAUUAAAUCCGAGGUGCAAACAAUGAGAGAGGUUUUGGAAAAGUGUGGCAAAUUCACAGAGCUAGAUCAACACCGAGUGAAAAAAGCCAUGAAGGAACUAGACAAAAAGCUUCCACCCACAGGCUUGGGGAUCGAUGAGGAGGAGAGAAAGAUGAUCGUCUCGGCUAUGAAAAUGCCGUCUGGGCACUGGCACAAAUGUCCUAAUGGCCAUGUCUAUGUUAUAACAGAGUGUGGAGGGGCUAUGGAGAGUCGACUCUGCCCCGAUUGUAAGGCUACCAUUGGUGGGGCCAGUCACGCUCUGGCAAGUGGCAACCGAGUCGCCACAGAGAUGGAUGGGGCACAGCACCCUGCUUGGUCUGAAGUCAACAACCUUCUAAACUUUGAUCAGCUUCACCUCUGAAAGCCAUCUUAGAGAAGUCUGCCAGUUGGUUUUGUUUAAAUAUGCCGCAUUAUAAUGUUAUGUGCAGACAAUUAGGCUAAGAUUGCUAUAUGUGUGGACGUCAGUUGUCACUUGUUGCCAUGGUUAAUAUUCACGCAUUCUGAGGCUUGAUGGAGACACCAGUGUAAAACUCUUAUCUGUUUUUUUACUAACUGGCAACUUGAUCGCUGACGACACAGAGGCACAACGAGAUACCAACGUCAUUAUACUAUUGGCUCACAGGCUUUGUUAAGUGGGAACCAAACGUCAGAUAUCUUCCACAGAGAUAAACAAAACAUUAAUUUUGGACCUGCCAAGAUUUUUAAGUUGAUUCAUUCACAAUCAUCAUUUCAUUUUUUAGGAAAGCUACUUUUAUUUGGCACCUUUCUAAAAGCUCUGUGUUUUUGUUGUUGUUGUUGUUUUAUUAGUCUAUAUAAUAAUGUUAUCAGUAUAACCUUUAAGUCAUGCUGGACUAGGAGGAGUCUGUACACUGUUUUCACAUUUUGUUCAUGAGAGUUUUAACAUGUCCUGCUUUAGACAUAGUGGGUAGUGUGUUUUGUUUUAAAUAUGGCUUUGCUGCAGAAAGCAUGUACCAAGGAUCUAAAACAAGCCAGGUUUGUAAUGUUUAGCUUACUAAAUCAUGUGUCAAAUAUUAACUGCAAUGCUUAUGUUAAACCACAUAGAUUGAAAAUCCCUUGUGCAAGUAAGAGCUGUUCUGUACCUCACCAAUAGGUGGCAGUAAAACACUGUAAAAGAUCAUGCAGAGAAAUGACUCGAUAGUUAUCAUGCUUGCUCAAAUGGAAUAAAACAUGUUUGAAUCUA